AUGGACUCCUCACUUACCACAUGGUCAACGAAUAACAGUAAAAAUGUAGACGAGAAAAAUGUCGGUGUGGCACAUCGAACAGACUAUAAAUCAAACCUUUUUCAGACGUCGCAUGAUGGGAAUGCCCCUCAUUUAAGGAUAGCAUUAAACAGAAGUCCUCCAACCUUAACUACUGGAAGACCAUGUCUUGCUGGUACCCAAACUUUGAAGCAUCAACAAGCCGAAGACAAACGAAUCAGUCUGAAUUUGACCAAUGAAAGCUUCUUUAGUUUGAAUGCUCGCGAGUGUACUGAAGAGUCGAGUGGAAUUGGCCACGUGUUGUCUGACCAGGGUAAUCCAAGUUAUUUUGAGAAUGAAAACAAGUAUGAAGCUAAUUUACUUUGCGCUAAACAAGGUCAAGUAAGACUGGAGGAAAAUACCGGUGAUAUGAGUGUAGAGAGGAGUGAUGAGUUUAUAAAUGGUUCAGGUAAUGGCAGUAACAAUUACAAUAAUCGGUGGGAUCCAGUUAUCAAAUCAGAGUAUCGACCCCUUGGAGCUCAAGCAAAGAACUCUAGUGUAGCUGUAACAGCUUCACCUUCAAGCUCAGGAAGAUCAACAGUUCAUUACGCUUGUGAUGACGAGUUUGAUUACGAUUCUAUGGUUGAGCAGACACAUAAGAUUGCCAGUAAGGAUUUUCAGACACUGGACGAUAAUCUAACAUUUAUAGCAAGUUAUGUGGAAGAGCUGACAGGCUGUGGUGAGUCAAGAAAAUUGACAUCGGCAACAGCUGCAGAUAAUCGUAUUGAGAAUUCACCAUUAACCCAUAAAUUUACAACACCAAACAAGCCACGAUAUCAACAACAACAACAACAGCGACAGCCAUCACCUCAGUCAAUAGGCACAUCACUACCACAUCCUGUUCAUAAACAAGAAGACUACCAACCUCAAAAACUGCAGCAGCUACAACAAUUGUGUCAAAGUGCAGUUUGGUUAUUGUCAACAGGGAACAGUACUGUGAUUGGAAAAGAUCUCACUAAUUCCCUAACCGAAGACUUCCUUCUCAGCUUCUCGGCAAAUCCAAAUAUCACUGAGAAUCUAUUGAACAGUUUCUUGACGACUGUUGAUUCACUUAAUGAAAGAGGUAAUCGACGACCUUUAACUGAAUCUGAUCAGUACGAUAAACCAUCUCCUUUCACAACAUAUCACUUACCGAACCAGAAUUGUCGAGUUACCAAAAAUGACUUGACAUCACGUGAGGAAUGUCUCUACAGAAAUAUUCUCCACAAUACAUCAAAUGUAUCAACUCAAAAGAACUUCCAGGAUAUGCAUUCAGUUGAUGUGCAUCGUAUCAGCAGUAGUAAUGAGAAUUCAGUAGGUGCUUUACGUAACGGAAAGAUCAGUGCACCACGAAAUCCCUCAUCAUCAGCUGACUACAAUCGUUUGGUUAAUCCACCCACACAGCUGAUUGCUAAUGAUAUAACGACGGAUUUAUUCUCCCAAACAACUUCGAAUUAUACUCCAUUUCUAGUGAAAUUGUUGAACAUGUCUCAAUCACCAAUGAACACCUCAGGUGGUCAAAUGAAUACUACAGUAUUACAAGAACAGACUGAUGUAAUCCUCAAUCUUUUGGUAAAUCAGAGGGCCAGCAUUCAGUCGAAUUCAGUAUGUAAUAAUAACAGUGAUAAUAAUAAUAAUGUUGGUAAUAACCUCCCACAAAUGUCUCACGAAUAUUCUGCAGUGGGGCGCAUAACAAGUUUAGCCAGUUCAUCCCUAUCUGGUUAUCAAGGGAAUAUUUCUACCCUCUCUUCAUCCUGCCAAAACGAUCAGUACCCAAUGUUAAACAGAAGUCUUACUGAAAAUCUGUCUCAGGUGAUCUCCCCUUAUCAACAACGUCUGAAUUCAUUCACAAAUGAUGUAGACAAAGUUGCUACUGUCUAUAGGAAUUCAGCGGGUACUCUAGCAGCCAAAGGCGAAACCAUCUAUCAGUGGUCGGGGAGACUACCGCUUGCCAAUCACAAAUCUGGACCGUUUUCUCGGAAAGUAUUUCUUGGUGGGUUGCCGUGGGAUAGUACAAGCGAUAAAAUAAUGAAAGCUUUUUCUCGAUUUGGCAAAGCUACUGUCUGCUGGCCAUCAAAGGAUGGUAGCCCUAUAGAUAACAAGAGAUAUUCAAGCAGAGGCUACUGUUAUCUAAUAUUUGAAGAAGAGACUUCUGUUUCUAAACUAUUGGCAAACUGUUUCGAAAAUCCUAACAAAGCUGGAUAUUACUACAAAAUGUCAAGCCCUAAGUUCGUAUCCAAAGAUGUGCAGGUGAUCCCAUGGGUUUUAAGUGAUGAUCACUUCUCAAAGUCAACUCCCAACCCGGAGGAUAUGAGACGUUCUGUAUUUGUUGGAGCUCUGCAUGCAUUGAUUACCGCAGAAGCAAUCGUGAAAAUUAUGGAUGAUAUAUUUGGAAAUGUUGUUUACGCGACUUUGGAUACAGAUCGGUACAAAUAUCCUACUGGUUCUGCUAGAGUGGUUUUUUCAAGUAAUAAAAGUUAUACAAAGGCUAUUAUUGCUAAUUUUGUCAAUAUUCGAACGUCGAAAUUCAUUAAAACAAUUCAAAUAGAUCCUUAUCUAGAAGAUACGGUUUGUAGCAGUUGUGCCACAUAUCCCGGUAUAUAUUUUUGCAGAGCAUUAGAAUGUUUCAAGUAUUUCUGUCCAGCUUGUUGGUAUGUACGGCAUAAAUUAUUUGAUAAUUCCUACAUGCAUAUACCAUUACGGCGUGGAGUCAGGAUGAACAGUGAUCAUCAAUAA